GUGUAACUGCGUACACGUUGUGUACAUGUGUAUCUACUAUACUGCUGUAUACGUGCUGCGUGCUCCACCGUGGACGCAGGUGCAUCUGGGUGCAUCGCACGCAUAUCCGUGGCCAUCAUCGGCGAGGUUAUAAUACGCGUUCGCUUUUUUUUUUCCCCGAUAAAAUGAAGAGAUCGCCGUUGAACAAUGCUGUGCACGGCGGUCGGCCGAGGCACUCGCCGUACAACUGGAAGAAUACGCACGAGAGCGCGUGCGGUAGAGGUUAUCAUGCCGCGGAGGGUAGCAGCUACCAGCGUUUCCCCGCGGGAAGUGCGGGGCCGCAGCCCCCCCGCGACGACAAUUUCAUCCCCCUGGACGUCAGCACGCCCAAGUACAACGCCGGCAAUCACUCGUCGGCUAACAACCGGUACAGCGGACGCGGCAGUCCGAGCGGCGGUGGAUGGUACAACAAUUACAGGGGCAAUUAUCACGCCACGCCGAGGUCGAACUGUGGCAAUCGGUACCCCGCCUACAAGCACUCCCCCAAGCAGUUCCGCGGGCAGAAAAGAAAGGACUACAAAGGAGCGCACAGGCAGGUGAAUAUAUCGGCGUACGUGGACAUGAAUUCCUUCUUGGAAGAUCCCUGGCAGGAUCUAGUCAAAAAAUUAGAUGACUCGAAAGGCACGAGUAGAAGUGAAUCAUUAUCCAAUUCAAAAUUGGUGGAUAGCGAUUUGGUGGAAAGAUCUAGAAGCGAACUUUCGAAGGAUUCGAACCUGGACGACUCGCAAUGCAGCCGAGAGUGUGAAGACGCGGACACGAGUUUUGAAAUGAAUACAGAUGUCAGUCAGAUAACAAAAGUUAACAGUUCGAUAGAGUCGGAUAUCGGUGAUGUGUGCUCCAGUCAGGAUUCGCUAAAUGACAGCACGUGCAACGCCGGUAGGAUUUGUGCAGCUAUGCGAGAGGACAGUAUUCAUUCGAAUGCAUCAUUGACGGAUAUUAACCAGAAAGAUAUAUAACGAUAACGAAGAAGUGCAUUAUAAGAGAGAAUGCAUUACAGUACACGAAAAGUAUAUACAAUUGUUGUACAUAUGAUCAUGUACUUUUGUAUAUAAAUAUUGUAUAUAAGUGUACUUUUGUAUAUGUAAAUAUUGUAUACACAUUUAUUUUAUAUUCUCGCCAUCAAUUUACUUCUCUAUAUAUGCACAUGUUUCUCAUGAAUAUAAUUAAUAUUAUUUACAAUUGUAAAUAAACGCGAUAUGUAAAUUAUAUUCAAUAUCGUGAAUGGAUUAUGUAAAUUAAUCAAAUUUCCAAGUAUACUCGUAAAUCUAAUUUCGUAAAAUAUUUAGGCUUGGAUCUUUAAACUUAAAUUCAAAAUAUAAUUUGAUUAUGUACUCGAUUAUAUAAUUAGCAAGAUUUAUUUUUAUAUAUUUGUAAUAUUACUUUUUGAUAAAAAUUAGUUACAUUUAGAUUAGAAUGUAUACUGCAAUGUAUAUUGUUGAAUAUAAGCAGUGUUACCUCCAGCCUGAUUGCAAUGAAUAAAGCUUAUUUCUUUUUAUGUGAUAACUAAUUUUAAAUGUUAAAUAUAAAAAAUAUUCUAUGUAUCUAUAACAUAAAGAUGAAUCGGACGUCGACUCGUCGACGUUGAAAAAUUAAAAUGGAAUAAAAAAUAUAUCAUAAA